AUCUACAAUGGUUAAACACCGAGGGUCCUAUUUCUCUUCACAAAGACCUUUGUGGAAAAGUUGUGGUGUUGGAUUUCUUUACUUACUGCUGCAUCAAUUGCUUGCACCUGCUGCCUGAUCUCCACGCGUUAGAGCACCAGUACUCUGAUAAAGAUGGUCUUAUUAUUGUUGGUGUCCAUUCAGCGAAAUUCCCAAACGAAAAAGUUCUGGAUAACAUUAAAAGUGCCAUUCUGAGGUAUAAUAUUGUCCACCCUGUGGUAAAUGAUGCAGAAGCAACACUGUGGCAUGAACUGGAAGUGUCCUGCUGGCCAACUCUGGUCAUUCUUGGACCUCGUGGAAAUAUGCUCUUUUCACUUGUUGGAGAGGGACACAGAGAGAAGUUGUUUUUAUUCACUUCUGUAACACUGAAAUUCUACAAGGAGAGAGGACAAAUCAAAGAUAACAACAUUGGAAUAAAACUGUACAGAGACUCCCUCCCACCUUCUCCUCUGCUCUUUCCUGGCAAAGUGACUGUAGAUGAUUCAGGAGAAAGGCUGGUAAUAGCAGACACUGGACAUCAUAGGAUUUUGGUUACUCGAAAAAAUGGACAGAUUCUACACACUAUUGGAGGUCCAAAGAGUGGAAGGAGAGAUGGACGAUUUUCAGAGGCAGCUUUCAACUCACCACAGGGGAUCGCUAUAAAAAAUAAUGUUAUUUAUGUAGCUGAUACCGAAAAUCACCUAAUUAGAAAGAUUGACCUGGAAUUAGAGAUGGUGACCACUGUAGCAGGCAUUGGGAUACAAGGUGUUGAUAAGGAAGGUGGAGCAAAAGGUGAAGAGCAACCUAUCAGCUCUCCGUGGGAUGUGGUCAUCGGGAAUUCAGUUUCAGGGACCCAGGAUGUUUUAUGGAUAGCAAUGGCAGGCACUCAUCAGGUAUGGGCCCUGAUGUUGGAAAGUGGAAAACUACCAAAGGGAAGUGAUUUAAAGAAAGGAGUCUGCCUUCGGUUCGCUGGGAGUGGAAAUGAAGAGAACAGAAACAACGCGUAUCCCCAUAAGGCAGGCUUUGCACAGCCUUCGGGUCUCUCUCUGGCUUCCGAGGAACCAUGGAACUGCCUUUUUGUAGCGGAUAGUGAGAGCAGCACUUUGCGAACUGUCUCUCUGAAAGACGGAGCAGUGAAGCACCUUGUAGGAGGAGAGAGAGAUCCAUUGAAUCUGUUUGCCUUUGGUGAUGUGGAUGGAGCCGGCAUAAAUGCAAAGCUACAGCAUCCCUUAGGAGUAACAUGGGACAAGAAAAGAAAGCUACUCUAUGUGGCAGAUUCCUAUAAUCAUAAGAUUAAGGUUGUAGAUCCCAAGAUGAAGAACUGUGCUACCCUGGCAGGCACAGGAGAAGCAAGCAAUGUUACUGGUUCCAGCUUUACACAGUCGACUUUUAAUGAACCAGGAGGUUUGUGUGUUGAAGAAAAUGGCCGCUUGAUGUAUGUUGCAGACACAAAUAAUCAUCAGAUUAAAGUGCUGGAUUUGGAAACAAAAAUUCUUUCCAUGUUGCCUAUCCUGAAUCCAGAAGCAUGUGAUGUUCCAGAUAACGUGCCUGUGCAAAUGGAUAAAAUAAACCUGCCAAAACUGCCUAAAUCUGCACCAAAUGUUCAACUUCCUUCACUUACUGUAGCUCCUGGCCAGAUGGUUCAGUUUUUAUUAAAGUUGACUCUUCCUCCAGAUUCAAAACUGAAUGAAGAAGCACCCAAUACCUGGUUUAUCACAGCAGAAGACAAUAAUACCUGGUUGCUUCAAGGACAGCAUCUAUCUGGAGAAAUCAAGGAUGUUUCCUGUGAAACUAUUAUUCCUUUUCAGUUACCCAAGAGCUGUCUGUCAUCUGUAGCUAUCCUGGCUGUCAAAGUGUGCCUCUACUAUUGCAGCAAGGGUAGCAGUGCCUGUAUGAUGAAAGGAAUCUCAUUCAGUCAGCCUUUACAGAUAGCUAGUACAAACCAAGGCAGCUUGAUUCAGGUCAAACUGAUACAUGUGUUUUAA